AUAUUUCAAUCCCUGUAUCUUUAACCUCCUUGUUAGGUUUGUCUUUUCCAGAAUCAAAGCUGUAAAACUACAAAUGUUCUUCAAAUGGAGCCCCAGAUGCAGUCCAUGACUAAGAUCUACCGGGGAUCCCUGGACCGGCCUGCUAGCUCAUGCUCUGAUAUAGAUGACAUCAAAGGCACCCCUCCCGAGGAAAUCUCAACUGCAUGACCCCUACUAUGCCCCAGUUCAGCAAGAAGCAGUUAGAGCAGUCGUCGGCCAACCUCCCCAACAGCACUUGGGUUUUCCUGUUGAGAGAGGGGACUGAGAGACAGGACUAGCUGGAUUUCUUAGGCUGACUAAGAAUUCCUAAGCCUAGCUAGGGAAGGUGACCACACGCACGUUUAAACAGGGGCUUGUAACUCAGCUCAAGCCCGACCAAUCAGGUAGUAAAGAGGGCUCACUAAAAUACAAAAUAGGCUAAAAGCAGGAGGUAAAGAAAUAGUCAAAUCAUAUAUCGCCUGAGAACACAGGGGGAGGGACAAUGAUUGGGAUAUAAACCCAGGCAUUCGAGCAGGGAGCGGCAACCCCCUUUGGGUCCCCUCCCAUCAUAUGGGAGCUCUGUUUCCACUCUAUUAAAUCUUGCAACUGAAAAACAAACAAAAAAAAGACAGUUUUGCUCUGUCCCCCAGGCUAGAGUGCAGUGGCGCGAUCUCGGCUUACUGCAACCUCUGCCUCUUGGGUUCAAGCGAUUCUCGUGCCUCAGCCUCGUGAGUAGCUGGGAUUACAGGCACGUACCACCACGCCCAGCUAAUUUUUGCAUUUUUAGUAGAGACAGGGUCUCACCAUGUUGGCCAAGCCAGUCUCGAACUCCUAGCUUCAAGUGAUCUGCCUGCUUCAGCCUCCCAAAGUGCUGAAAUUACAGGCUUGAGCCACAGUACCCAGCCUAUUAAAAUUUCUGAUGGAAAAUUUUACAUGUCACUUAAAAAUACAUAUAAGCAGGCACCAAAUUUAGAGGGAUUAAAAGCAAAAAUUUUGAAGACCACCAUGGUAGACACUGUGGUUGAUCAGAGCAGUGCUGGGAAAAUACACUUGACCUCCCAGAACUAUGUGGCAUGUCCCCAGUUAAGGCCAUUCAUUUAGGACUUAGACCUGAGGAAUUUAUGAUAACCAAUAACUUCUGAACUUCUGCUUUAAAAAAUGUUAGCAGAAUUUUUGUUCAAAUGGUAGAACAAGCUAUCAUUUAAGGGAAAUGAGCACUCUAUCUCCAGAUUUCUCAACUCUGCUAAAUAAGACUGAACUUGGAGGAUUCCAUAUAAGUUCAUUAUGAACAAACUAUCAAUAAAAACCAUCCUGUUCAGCCAGUUUCUCAGAGCAACCGUGGGAGUCACAGCAGUUCUUCUGUCACCAUGAAGGGGACCUGCUCAGAUGCCAUCCUUGUUCUAGCUACCUCCAUGUGGAUGGCCUUUGCAAUUGACUUCCCCCUUCCUAUGGCCUCUGAAAGAGGUCAGCUAGACAAAACAAUAGUUGAAUGCCUCAAGAAUAUAAAUAACUGCUGGUUUUUAUCCUACAUCAAGCCCAGUGAACCUAUUUGUGGCAGUGACCAGGUUACCUACAGUAGUGACUGCCAUCUCUGCUCCAAAAUUCUAUUUGAAGGGCUUAACAUAACUAAACUGUAUGAUGGACAAUGUGAAAACUCUUGAACGUACGACAAAGAAUUAUAAAACCUACUGAAUCUCCAGAUGGCCAAGUGAAACACAAUGGUUGCCUCUUCAAAUAUAUCCCCUUUAAUUACUAAUGGUUGGAUCAAACUCAUUGAUUUAUGUCUUCAAUAAAUGAUUCUCAGC